CAUGUAGUCUCGCUCACGGCUCAUGGGCUAGAAGCAGAGACAAACUAUAGCCCGCAACAACAUCGUUAAUAACGAUGCAACACAACUUCUACAACCAAAACAACUGAUUAGAUGAGUAAGCAUACUAUUUCAGAUCCACGUCGUUGUAGCAAAAAUUAAAAAUGGCGGGUUUUCUCUCUCUUCUAAGACGCUCAUAUCUCUCCCUCUACAAUUGGAUUGUUUUCUUUGGAUGGGUUCAAGUUUUGUACUUUGCUGUAAAAACAUUAAGAGAGUCAAGCUAUGAGCAUGUAUACGACGCCGUUGAGAAGCCUCUUCUUCUUGCUCAAACUGCCGCCGUUUUGGAGAUUAUUCAUGGUUUAACUGGUUUGGUGAGAUCGCCUGUAAGUGCAACACUGCCCCAAAUUGGUUCAAGGUUGUAUGUGGCUUGGGGUGUUUUGUAUAGUUUUCCAGAGACUCGAACUCAUUUCCUUGUUAGCUCUUUAGUGAUCAGCUGGUCUCUUACAGAGAUUAUCCGGUAUUCUUUCUUUGGUGUAAAAGAAACCUUUGGUUAUGCACCAUCAUGGCUUCAGUGGCUUAGGUAUAGCACCUUUAUGCUGCUGUACCCAACCGGCAUUACAAGUGAAGUUGGCUUGAUAUACAUUGCUUUACCUUACAUCAGGAAUUCAGAGAAGUACUGCGUGAGGAUGCCCAACAAAUGGAAUUUCUCUUUUGACUACUACUAUGGUGCAUUGCUUACCCUGGGAAUUUACGUUCCAGGAAGUCCGCACAUGUACAACUACAUGCUUGGACAGAGGAAGAAGGUCCUUUCUAGAUCCAAGAAAGAUUGAUGAGGAAGCAGUACGCCCACAUUCUUUGACUUGCUUGUAAACAGAACUCUGCAGCAUUACAAUGUCAUCGUUUUGAUGUUCCAUUUUUUCUGGAAUUCAGUCGUGUUGAGUAGCAAUUUGCAUGUUUGUUUGUUGUAUAAGUAAACUAGGAACUAAAUGCGAGUUUCUUAUCAUCCAACACUCUUCUGUGACUAAUAGCAAUAAUGCUUUACCAA